AGGCUUUUUCUACAAGGUUUUCUGGAGACAUAUGCUUCUCAACUUAGAUCUAAAUUCUGAUUUUAAUUGUUCUAUAUUUGAUAUUUCAGCCGAUAGAAUUGGCGCUAUGGUUAUGGUUGAAAAUGGGUUAAACUAAACUUUAAUGAUCGCAAACAUCUUUCAAAAUGGCCGAACAAAGCUGCGCUGAGUUGUUUGAGGUGACCUCGCAACGUUUGAAGCUCACUCUCAUUCGAGGUGUUAUUUGCCAAUCGAAAUUCUGAGUCCGCACAAAUUAUGCAGUUUUCUCUAUUGUCUGAUUAUACUGGUAUCCUUUGUCGUGAAAUUGAAAAGUUAACUUUCAUUCAUACUUCGCUAUUUUUUUACAUGCCACCAGAUAGGUUUAAAUUUUAGAUCAAACUCACUACGAACUUACUUUCAAGCUUAGCAUAUCUACUCAAAACCAGACCAACAGAAUAACCUAUUAGUUAUCAAAAAGGUCAUUUAGCAUCUGAAACGGAAUUAUUUUAUAUUUUUAGGAGACUGACAAAUAUGAUAGUUAGUCAUUGAUUAGCUGAAGUCAACUAUUUAUUAUUUAUAACUGAGUUAUAAUGGCGUCUAAGUCUAGAUUUCAUUUGGACUUGCACAACAAAUCGACAGGCCACCUGCCUUUUCUUUCGUCUGUCGAGGGGAAAUCACACGCAGAAGCUGAUGGGGUAGAUGGAGGAACGGGGGGAGUUGCGUGCAGACUCUCUGUGAGAGACAAAGCGAGACGGUUUGACAGUAUUGCGAACAGGAACUCACUGAGUGAGUGGAAUCUGUGCAACACUGGCAUCCACCACAGGGACCCCCCCAUCCACAUAACUGGCAGGCCCGAAGAAAGUAUUUUAUCAAAACGAGAGAAACUUCUGAAACAGAUCUCGAUGGAAAACGAAGUUCCAGAAAACGAAUUGAUGAGCCAAAGCUACGACUCCAAGUCGAACCCAGACGUGACCAGCCAAUUUCACCAGGCGUCAAGAACCCCAUCUACGAGCCACUGGAGGAAACUACCCCAUCUUAGAGUCCCAGAGAAGACGGCUGGACCUAAGUUCUACGUUCCUCGGAGAACGGUCGGGUCCAACACUGACCGGAAGAAGGAAGUUGAAAUUAAUGAAGACCAACUUAGGAAAUUGACCAAUUCCACAGACGAAAAUAAGCCCGUCCAGUCUCCAGUGUCCGCUAGACACAAUUCAAAAGCAAACAAGCAGAUUGGAAAAGAAGCCGGAGAGUCCACUGAUUCUGGAGUAUGUGUGGACACUUCACCCAGAACAGAGUUCACCUCUUCGUCCAGAUACCCCCCCAAGGCAGUGGUGAAGACGGACCUGAAACAGAACCCCCUCUUCAAUAAACAGCAGAAGGAGCACAACGAAGCUGUCAACGACAAUAAGGCUCUCAGAGCUGUCAAGGCGAACAGUUUCACUGAGGAAAUGUCUUCGUCCUGUCAGAGAUCGAAGUCGUUUCCGCUCAAACGAGCAACCAUCGACAACCACGAUAUCAAACGCAGGAAUGGACAGCGUCCGAGUACAACCGACAACGUCCAGUUUCGUCUCGAAGACACGAUUCCCAAAAUAGCCAACUGCAAAGUAUACCGGACAGGGAAAGGAGCCGUCUCGUCCAACUCGAGUGGUUUCAACGACAUCGAAACGAGUGAACAAAACCCGAGUGACGGAGUGUACGAUGUUGCUGACGAGGACGACGAAGACGAAGGCGAAGGCGAGCGGUGCAACCGGGACACAGUCGUGCGAGGGGGAAGGAAUGACCCCGAGGAUUCCGGAGACGACAAUAGCGAUGAGGAGGACUACUUUGGAGGAGGCCAGCGGAACGACACUGUGUGUGACAGCAGGUCAGGUGCCGAGGAAGUUGAUGGCACGGCACCCCUUCCCGCGAUCAGAAGGAGCUCCACACUUAUUUCACCGGAUGAGCAGCAGUUUUGCCGGACGAGAUCAGCUGCAGUGCGCCCACAGUCUUCACAUGCGAAGGAGUCCAUGUCGUUUAUACUCGUGGAACCCGACGAGGAACAAGAGCCGAGAAAAGAGAGACCCACUUUAAGGGAGGGCGAGGAUCCGAAUGAUCAUCUGAUCCCCAGGGGCUCCGACACUGACUCUGGUAGGGGAUCUCUCGGUCGAACAGGAUCCAACACGUCACAGAGCUCGGCAGUUCUCAGCGUUUUUAGAGCUGGCUUCAUCUACGGCGACGAGAACAAGAGUGAGAGUGGCACUAAGUCAGUGCGGAGUACAGACGAGCCAUCUCUGCCGGAGAGCUACAACAGACUGGGCAAACUGGCAGAGGAGAGGAAACACACUAUCCUGCACGACGAGAGUAUCCCCGAGUUCCUACCGGGCGGGGAGGAGGAACAAGACCACGAAAACAUCUCCGAGUCCAGCAGCAGUUUGACAGCAGGUUUGAAAAGACAGAACUCGUCACUUGAAGAGGACGAAGACAACGACCGAGCGUCCACCAUUCGCGACUCGGACUCGAACGGAGGGAGUGAGCCGAGCACUGGGGAGAACACACCCGAGACACCCCGACGCCCAGUGGUUGGGAGGAAGGGGAGGAACUCGUGUGGUGCUGUGGGGUCGGCAAGUGGCAGGUUGGGAGUCCCCCCUGGGGCUGAGCGGGGCAGGAAGUCAAGUGCUCUCUACAGACGACCGACUCUGAUGGUGAAACAGACGCUGUGGAUCGAGAGCGAAGUGGUGAAAAAAUCAGGCGUUGUGACUCAUCUGAAAUCAGAUGAAAUAAAACUGAAUGAAGCACUUUACGAGAUCUUCAUGACUGAGAACUCGUACUGGAAACAUCUGGGAGUUGCAAUCGAAGUGUUCUUGAACACGUUGGAGAAAAUGUGUGAGACGAUCAAAAACGGAAUCUGUACAAAGUACGAGUUGCAGAAAUUGUUUUCAAAUAUGAGACAACUGAUGGACUUGUCGGACAAACUGCUAUCUCGUAUACACGAAACACAAGGAGAACAAAUUACUAUGCAGAACUUCAUGCCAGAUUUGACGCAAUUUUUGACCGAGUAUUUCCCAGUACCCUACAGGGCGUAUGCUUCGAAGAGGGCGGAACAGGAGAAGACGCUGAAGAAACUUAUGAACAACAAGGCUUUUGUAGACGCAACCUACGCCAUGCAGUGUGACCCAAGAUGUCAAGGUCAGGACUUGAAGUCAUACCUCUGCGGUCCCAUUCAGAAGGUCACUCGAUUCCACAUUCUCAUAGAGAAGGUGCUCACCUACAGCACUCGUCUGGUAGAAACACAAACAAACAGCCAACAGUCGCUGGAAAUGAGGAAAAAGUACAAAUCAAUCAUGGUCAACUCGGAGGAGGCCCUGUGUGCGGCCAAGAAACUGGCCUUCGACUGCAAUAACGUGGACACCAAAAUGCGACAGAUCGAGAAGGUGAUUGAGAUCCAGCAGAAACUGGACGUGCCUUCCUCGGGCGGUGGAAGAAGCAGAAAAGAUGCUGCGGAGCCCAGACUUAAACUGAUGCAGAACCAGGAGACGGCCAAGAACUGUUUCCUGAUGAAGGAGGGCGAACUGACGCAGAUCACGGGAAAGGGAAUAGUGGCAGUGACGAAGACGAAUAAGAUCUACUGCUUCCGAUUCAACGAGUACGCGAUCAUCUCGGUGCCGACUGACAAAAACAGUCGCUUCAUUGUCAAGUACGUGGUGACAGAAAUGGAGGCGAGGCACGGGGCAGAGUUCAUGAAGGAGAGCUUCACCCAGACACUGGGCAACCAGCCGCCCACCUUCUGGCACAAAUGUAUCCAGCUGGUGUGCCGCAAGUCGUGUGAGGCGAAGGAGGUGACAGAAGAUGUGAACAUAUCCGAAAGACUAAGAACAGUGGGCAAAGAGAAACGGUUUCUCUUCUUUUUUAAUACUGACUCUGACAAAGAGCGGUGGAUAGAUGCGUUCAAUGGCGACGCCAGCUACCACCGCCCCUCCAUAGACCUCCCGGAUGGAAACUGGUUCAAAGCAAACAAGUUCUACGAAGCCAGAGAACCGGAUGAGUUGACUGUUUACUUCAACUACCUCGUCCGCUCUCUGGGACCGAAGCGAGAGAAGUGGCUCAAAUGCAUGGUUGUGAACAACGAAAAACUUAAAAUUGGCUGGCUCCCUACCGACAUUCUGGACCCUUACAACGACAAGAAUUGUAACCAGGAGCAAAAGUUGAUCAGAAAUCUGGAAAACGCUGCUAGACGCGAUCAAGAGGAAAACCAAUAGAUUUUUUUGCUUUGACUUUGGAAUUUGAAUAGCUUAGUUAAGUUCAGGCUUUGUUUUA